CUUUACCUACACCACGACACCACCCUUUUCUAAAGCUCCUAUUCUCCGGGGCACGUCACACCCUCAAAUGCACUCUACCAUGUCUGCAUCACACCCCAGCCCCGUCAAAGACGGUAGGCGAGUCCUCGGCGAGAAGCACGCCAACGCGUGCCUGUCACCCGCCCACCAUCGGCACGUUUCUGUCUCGCCCCUCAAACAACGCCCUCUCCUUGAGACCUCCUCCUCUCCUAAGAAGCUCCUUCCUUCGCCUCUCUUUGCUGGCCAGAAACGCUCUAUCGAUCAGGUGGAUAGCACCAGCGAACCCCAGAUCAGCCAUGCCAGCGCGCAGCCCCAGUCGCGGCCAGAAGCAUCUCCGAACGUGCAGCAUGACGUUCAGCCGGACCCUCAGCCACACGCGACGCCUGAGACACCAACACAGCUUCUAGAAUCACAACAACACCAACCACAAGAAGAUACCCACCCCGACCAAACAUCAUCAACAACAACGUCAACACCCCUCAUCCCCGAAGACCCAGCAACCCGCAAGCGCUUCAUUCAAGAAAAAGCAACCCUCCUCCGCACGCGCCUUCAAACAGCUAUGCGUCACAUCCACGACCCCCAACUCGAUCGCCGUCUCUCCGACCUAGAAGCCCACAGUCGCAAAUACCCUCGUCUAUCUCUCCCCCAAGAACAGCGAAUCAUGACUACGCCGAACUCCUCUUCUACAUCAUCUUCCUCCCAAAACCAGAACCAGACCACCCCGCGCCCUUACCAACCCACCACACACCUCCCGCUGCAUGAAACCGAGACCCAGAACGCGUCCGGCCUCUCCUCCCCACCCCUAUCAACCGGAACGAUCGCAACACAGAAGGAACCGGAACAAGAAACACAGACACCCGCACAAAGAGAAGAACGCGAUGAUGACGAUGACCCCAUGAAGACACCCACCCAGAAAUCAACAACACUUCAUACCCACACCCACCGCAGAACAAAUACUCUCGGCUCCCCAAUGCAAUUGAGUAGUCCUCCGGCGACGGUAUCGAGGCGUAGAAAUACAGAAACUAGCAGUGGAGAAGAAGAAGAAGGGCCACAAGAGAGACAGCGCCGGUUAUCGCAAAAGGGGGAUGCAGUGGAUGGAUUGUUGAAGUUAAUGGGAACGGGAGAGGGUGUUGUUAGUGGAACUGCUGGGGUCGCGUGAGCUGUUUUACUUGUUUUUGGUUGGACUUUGGUUAUAGAUGGUAUUGGAGUUGGGGUUGGGUUCGUUGGUCAAAAUUGGAUUCGUGUGGAGUUUGUGCUUGCUUGCUUGCUUGGUGGCUUUCCUGUCAUUUUGGUUUGGGGAAGCGUGUAUUAGUAUGGGAUUGCUGGGGUGCAUGUAUGUGCCGUGGAUGGGAUGGUGGAAGACAUACACAUAGAUAGAUAGACAGACGUUACAUACGUGACUACUUAGGACCUAUCGCACCAGCAAUGGGUUCAAGUGGAAAGUCAAUGAUAUGAUACCAAC